AUGAGAAAUGACACGUGGUCCUCCGUGGGAGGAGAAAUCUGCAAAUUGCGUGGCAUUGAAGAUCAGGAAAGCAACCAGAACACACGUGGGAGGCACUGUGCUCUUGGGCUGGAACUCUCAGAACCUGUGGGUGAUGUUAACAGCAUGAAGCUCACCAAGAGCCAUGGAGGAGAGCAUGAGGAGGACACCCAUGGGGAUGGGAAGGAGCCGCAUUCUGAGCAACUCCCCACGAAUGACAGAGCGGAAGGUCUAGAGAUGGGAGAUGGACCCAAAGCCAUGUUUGAAAGGACAAGACAGGGGGACAUUUUAAAGACCUUCUCUAGUCUACCCAAAGACCAAAUGGGGAGUUCUAGGGAGGCUAACAGAAUGAUGCAGACAGACGCAUGCCCAGGCCAGAGAAUGAAUGCUGAGGACACAGGCAAAUUAUUCCCGGGAAAAGGAUUCCCAAGAAUUGCAAAAGUCAUGUGUAGAGAGUGUGGGCAAGGCUUUAGUGUUAAGGCAAGCCUUAUCACACACCAGAGGACACACACAGGAGAGAAGCCCUAUGUCUGCAGGGAGUGUGGGGAAGCCUUUAGUCAGAAAUCAAUCCUCAUUAUACACCAGAGAACACACUCAGGGGAGAAACCCUAUGUCUGCAGGGACUGUGGGCAAGGCUUUAGCCGGAAAUCAGUCCUUAUCAUACACCAGAGGACACACUCUGGGGAGAAACCCUAUGUCUGCAGGGAGUGUGGACGAGGCUUUAGUCAGAAAUCACACCUCAUUAAACACCAGAGGACACACUCAGGGGAGAAGCCCUAUGUCUGCNNNGAGUGUGGGCGAGGCUUUAGCCAGAAGUCAGACCUCAUUAGACACCAAAGGACACACUCAGGGGAGAAGCCCUAUGUCUGCAGGGAGUGUGGGCGAGGCUUUAGUGAAAAGUCAGUCCUCACUGUACACCAGAGGACACACUCAGGGGACAAGCCGUUUGUCUGCAGGGAGUGUGGGCGAGGCUUUAGUCAGAAGUCAUACCUAAUCAGACACCAGAGGACACACUCAGGAGAGAAACCCUAUGUCUGCAAGGAGUGUGGGCGAGGCUUUAGUCAGAAGUCAUACCUCAUUAUACACCAGAGGACACACUCAGGGGAGAAGCCCUAUGUCUGCAAGGAGUGUGGGAGAGGAUUUAGUCAGAAGUCAGCCCUCAUCAGACACCAGAGGACACACUCAGGGAAGAAUCCCUAUGUCUGCAGGGAAUCUGGGCAAAACUUUGGUGAUUAA